GCUGCGCUUGUUGCCAACUUCCCGUCAGUCAUUUUAUUUGCUCACUAUUAGAUCGCGGUCGACAAAUCAGUAAAAAUCUUUGUCAUCUGCAAGUAAUUUUAAAAGUGACAAAAUGAGUGCUGGAAUGCCUGAAUUGGGCUCUAAAAUAAGCCUAAUAUCGAAAGCUGACAUCCGCUAUGAAGGUCGUCUUUUUACCGUCGAUCCUCAAGAAUGUACCAUCGCUUUAGCUAGCGUAAGGUCAUACGGUACUGAGGAUCGUGAGACGCAAUUCCCUGUGGCACCACAGACUCAGGUGUAUGACUACAUCUUAUUUCGUGGAUCUGACAUCAAGGACAUUCGUGUGCUGAACAAUGUCCCCACUAUCGCCAACGACCCUGCCAUCAUGCAGAUGUCUGUGCCUCCGUCUCUCACUCCUGGCAGUACUCAAGGACAGUAUGGAGGACAAUUCAACCACCCGGUGGUGGGUCAGGCGGGGCAGCAAUAUGCCCAGUACCACCCGAUGUCAGGAUUCCCCACCAGUGUUCACGCUCAGCUCAACAAGACUAGUGAGUUGUCUCCACAAGCUUCAGUGGACCUGGCGCCACAGCCCCAGCCAGCUACCGCUCCAAUAGGAUCCGGAGUGAUUCACCAUGGCAACCAAGUGAAAGACCAAGGCUCAAUGCUGGAUCUCAUUGGAGGUGGAUGUCAACAAAAUAAUUCGCGCUCGGGAACUCCUGCUGGCCACAGGAAGAGUCCAACUGCUGACCAGGGUACUCAGGUGGGUUCGGUAGCGAGUGGUUCUGGGCAGCGCGACAGGGGGCGCGGCGGGGCGCAGAAGGCGGGACAGCAGCGCGCGCGGCCCAACUCGCGCACCCGCCAGCGCCUGCCCAGCGGGGGCUCCGCUGGUGCCCCCACCACUCAGCCGCAGCCCGCCGCCCCUGUGCAACAACAACAGCAGCAGCAAAUGCAACAGCAUAACCACCGUCAACCAGCGGGUGCGUAUGCUGGUCAGAACUAUGGUCGCGGUGGGUGGCGGGGCAGAGCGCGCGGUCGCGGACGCGGUUUCGUGCCGCGUAAUAAGAACACGCUCAAGUUCGAAAAUGACUACGACUUUGAGCAGGCCAACACCGAAUUUGAAGAGCUGCGCAGCCAACUUACCAAGACCAAGAUAUCCGAGGGAGAGACCAAAGUUGAGGUCGACGUUCAAGGUGAAGUUGAUAAGAAAGAUGAUUCUGGCAACGAGACAGGCGCGGGCGAGCCCGAAGUUGACGAGGAUCCUUCUGGCUUCACCGGCUAUGAUAAGAACAAGAGCUUCUUUGAUAACAUCUCCUGUGAGGCUGUUGAAAGGUCGAAGGGACGCAGCCAGAGGACGGACUGGAGGACAGAGCGCAAGUUGAACUCUGAGACGUUCGGAGUGGCAUCGGCGAGGCGCGGCGCAUGGCGCGGCCGGCCCAACUGGCGACACAACAUGCACAACAUGCACAAUAUGCACAAUAUGCACAACAUGCACAAUAUGCACAACAUGAACAACCAACAUCACCAGCCCAUGUCGUACUUCCCCAGCUGGCGGGCGAUGCGAGGUGCGCGCGGCCGCGGCGGCAGCACCGCCAACACGCGCCGCCCCGCAGCGCCCGCGCCAGCGCCCGCUGCGUCUGCUGCCCCCGCGCCUCCACCAGCUCAUACCGCGCAGCCCGCCACCGCAGCUGCGAAGUAGUUUGGCGCCGGGAGAAGUCGGAGGGAGAAACACUGGAUUUUAAUUUAUUAUCGCAUGGACUGUUCGCUGAGCAAAUAAGUAAUGGAAAAGUGUCUGGUGAUUGUAGUGUGGUUAUUUAAUCCGUUCAUGAUUGUGUGAAAUGUUUGCGGGAAAAUAUUAUUUAGGUAUGUGAAUUUAAGAUGUCGGACAUUGCUAUGGUUUGAUAGUGUUGUAUCCAAUAAAUGGAAGGUGUCAGAUUGUAUUCCCGCAAUAGAACAAAGCAUCAACGUCCAAAUGUUUGCAGAUUUUAGUGCGGCGGCGAGGUGAGUGAAAUGUGUUCACUAUUUUGGGCAGUUUAUAUUGACGUCAUUAAAUUUUGACACAUGUUUAUAGAAGCUAUGUUAGGCAAAUGUUUCUGUGAUUCUGGAUGCCGGAAGGUCUGUCUCAGGAGGUCAUGUACGCUGCCUCCGUUAAAGUUUAAAUAUUUUUCUUUAUGCCCAAUACAGUAUAUUUUAAUAGCUUCAUACGUUAUCCAGUUGUGCCUAAACAUGAUUUUAGAUUGUUAAACAUAUGUUAUCAUAGUUUCCAAAUUCAUUGCAUUUUUCUAAUUUUUAAUGUUUAGUGAAACUGAGCGGCAGUCCUACAAAUUGUACAGUUAACUUAGUGAAUUUGGCUUAUCGAGAUACCUUUGAGCGGGUUCAGAUUGCUCUGCAGGCCAGAUAACUAACGAAUUUUGUAGGUAGAUUAAUAAAAACUACUCAAGGUGUCUUUGGCUUUAACUUAGAAAUUACUCAAGUGAUUUGUUGACUGUCAUUUUAUUGUUAGAUAUUAAAUGUGACGUAGGACUGCUGAAUGUUGGAGCUGUUGUAGCCAAUGUUGUAAAGUGUCAAUAGACUGGGAACUAUCAGUGACAUUUUGUUGUAAAGUUAUGCUGUCACAUUUAAGGCUAAUUACUGCCAAUCGUAAUGUUAGCUCCAAAAAAUUAAGUGUUACUACACUUUAUAUUUUUAGUAUUUUCAAAAUCUUCAAUAAGGAAAUGGGACUGUUUUAAUUUGUCUGAAUAAAUGGUGAAAAGAUUUUGUAAACUUGAGAUAUUUAAAA